AUGACUCCAUUGCAACUUAUAUGGAUCAUGCCAAGCAAUUAUUUGAAUGAACUUGUUGCUCUUGAUGCUGCCAUCUUGGAAGAUGAUCUCAUUGAUCAUAUCUUACAUGGGUGUAGUAUUGCUAAUGCUUUGUCCUAUGAUUACGCGGCUUCGGACGAGUGUUUGGCAAGUCCUCAAAAACCUCAAUACAGUGGAGGAAUCAUUCAAAACCCAGACCUGAACGAAGGAUUGAAGGGAUGGUCUACGUUCGGAGAUGCUAAAAUACAGCAUAAAGAAUUGGGAAACAACGCAUUCAUUGUAGCCAAUUCCAGAGUUCACCCUUACGAUAGUGUCUCACAAAAACUUAACCUGCAAAAGGACAAUCUCUACACUUUUUCUGCCUGGAUUCAAGUGAGCAAGGGAAAAGUUCCAGUAUCAGCUCUUUUUAAGACUCAAAAAGGAAGCACAAUUGCUGGUACUGUUAUUGCUGAGUCCAAAUGCUGGUCCAUGCUUAAAGGUGGCUUCACUGUUGAUGCCUCCGCCGCUGUCCAACUUUAUUUUGAGAGUAACGACACAUCGGUCGACAUAUGGGUGGAUAGCGUCUCAUUACAGCCAUUCACAGAAAAAGAAUGGAUGUCUCAUCAAGAUCAAGGCAUUGAAAAGAAUCGGAAGUCGAAGGUGAGAAUCCAGGCAGUGGAUGGUAAAGGAAAGCCCUUAUCUAACGCUACAAUCUCAGUUGAACUAAGGAGAGCUAGCUUCCCAUUUGGCUGUGCUAUAAACAAAAACAUCCUCUCCAACAAAGCCUAUCAGAAUUGGUUCACCUCCAGGUUUUCAGUGACGACAUUUGAAGAUGAAAUGAAGUGGUACAGCACAGAAUCCUCCCAGGGAAAAGUAGAUUACUCAGUCCCUGAUGCCAUGCUUGAGUUUUCCAAGAAAAAUAAUAUACAAGUCCGAGGCCACAAUGUGCUCUGGGAAGAUCCCAACUAUCAAUCAGAAUGGGUGAAAUCACUUUCACCAACUGAUCUUUCCAAGGCCGCAACGAAUAGGAUCAACUCUAUCAUGUCAAGGUACAAAGGGCAACUCAUUUGCUGGGAUGUUGUUAAUGAAAAUCUGCACUUCGAUUUCUUUGAGAGCAAAUUAGGGAAUACUGCUUCUGCAGUUUUCUAUAACUUGGCUCAGAAGAUUGAUGGAGCUUCGACUUUGUUCUUGAAUGAUUUUAACACCCUUGAAGAAGAAAGAGAUGAUAAAUCUACACCAGCAAGGUACCUGCAAAAGCUGAGAGAUAUUAAGGCAUUUCCUGGUAACCAAAAUUUAAAACUGGGGAUUGGACUUGAAUCCCAUUUCAGUAGUUCAGCUCCAAAUCUUCCUUAUAUGAGAGCUGCCAUUGAUACACUUGGUGCAACCAAUUUGCCAAUUUGGCUCACAGAGGUAGAUGUUCAAAGCAGCCCCAAUCAGGCAAAGUACUUGGAGCAGAUUCUGAGGGAGGCACAGAGCCAUCCGAAAGUGGCCGGUAUUGUGAUCUGGUCCGCCUGGAAACCACAGGGAUGUUAUAGGAUGUGUCUAACAGAUAACAAUUUCAAAAACUUGCCUACUGGUGAUGUAGUUGACAAGCUGUUGGCUGCUAAGUCCGUGGUAGGUAGGACUGAUGUUGAUGGCUUCUUUGAGGCGUCCCUUAUCCAUGGAGAUUACCGAGUGAAAAUUCAGCAUCCAACAGCAGCAACAUCUUCGUUUAAAAAACUCAAUGUGGUUCCAAGUACCGGUGCAGCUACACAAACAUUGCGUAUGCAGUUUGCCGGUGAUGAAUCAAAAGAAUACACGACUGCAGAAUUAUAA